AUGCGUGAUGUCAGCCGAGUGAAUCCCGCCUCGCAGUUGUUAGGCCAACCGCUGCGCAUUCCCGUUGUGUUAGCGCCAAUAGGUUCGCUGACCUUAUUCGAUAAAGAGGGCGGGCUGGCACCAGCCAACGUGGCGCGUGACUUUGGCAUCACGCAUAUACUAAGCGGUUAUGCCGAGCCCGGUUAUCAGAUUGUGGGAAAUAUCCUGCACGAUCAGCUGAUCUACGCGCUUCAUCCACGGCCGGGUUUGCCGCCAUUGGCUGAACUGGCAAAAUCAGUUGCAGAUGCGGGAUUCAAAGCCAUCGCUAUUGUCAGCGAGACGGUGUUUUACACUCGUCGCGAGCGCGAUUUGAUGAGCAAGGUGAAGACGGCGUUUCGCGUUGAACAGACUUAUUCAUCCCUGUUAAGGGAAUCGCGCGAGCUGCCACAGGAACAACAAUGUGCGUUGGAUGGACUGGCGGGUGCACGCAUGAACUGGUCGAUGAUUAACGAACUAAAAACCUAUUCCGGGUUAAAAAUCAUUGUUAAGGGCAUCAUGUCGCCUCAGGAUGCGCAACUAGCAGUCGAACACGGUGCCGAUGCGAUCUAUGUUUCGAACCACGGUGGACGUGCGCUGGAUCAUGCGCCCGCAACUCUGCAAAUGCUGCCGUCAAUUGUGGCUGCGGUGGGUGGCAAGAUUGAAAUCAUCGUUGAUGGCGGUUUUGUGCGCGGAACGGAUAUUAUUAAGGCAAUCGCGCUGGGUGCAACGGCGGUGGGAAUAGGGAAGCUACAGGCUUGGGCGCUCGCGGCAGGCGGACGCGCGGGUCUCUAUAGAUUACUUGAACUGCUCGAAGAGGAGAUG